AUGGGUGGCUAUGCACUCUGGCUCGUGUCUGCGGUAGUUGGUGUGCUCACGCUCUACUUUCUACGCGGAAUAUUUGCUAGCAAGGAGCCAGACGUCCCCACUAUCGAAGAUGACGGCGAUGGUGCUCACUUUGUCGAACGACUGCAACAGCAAAAAAAGCGCAUUAUCAUUUUCUUCGGCUCACAAACGGGUACAGCUGAGGAGUAUGCUGUGCGCAUUGCACGCGAAAUCAAGUCUCGUUACGGCACGUCGCCGAUGGUGGUCGAUCCCGAGUCGGAAGAGAUGGAUAAGCUGGACUUGUUACCCGAAGACUGUGUGGCCGUGUUUGUGAUGGCCACAUACGGCGAGGGUGAUCCUACAGAUAAUGCUGUCGGCAUGACAGAGUUUCUCAUGUCGGAUGACGUCGCAUUCCAGAAUGGAUCGACUCUCGAGAACCUGCACUACGUCGCCUUCGGGUUGGGUAACAGCACGUACGAGUACUUCAACGAGGCAAUUCGUCGUCUAGACAAGCGCCUGCAGGAGCUGGGUGCUCACCGCAUCGGUGAGCGUGGUGAGGGAGAUGAUGAAAAAGGGCUCGAGGACGAUUACAUGCUCUGGAAAGACCCCAUGUUUGAGGAGCUCGCUGCUUACUUGGGCCUUGAGGAGGGCGCGACCGGUGACUUGUCUGACUUUGCGGUGACAGAAUUAGACGAAGCACCGUCUAAGCUGUACGAAGGAGAAUACCACCCACGCGGCCUCAAUGGCAUGCUCGGCAACCACGAUGCUCGGAACCCUUACCCUGCGCCCGUGGUGCACUCACGUGAGCUGUUCCACGAGGGGACGGCAUCGCGGUCGUGUGUGCAUAUGGAAUUCGAUAUCAAGGGCACGGGUAUUACAUACCAGCACGGCGAUCACCUGGGCGUAUGGCCUAGCAACCCUGAGGUACAAGUGGAGCGCUUCUUGUCGGUGCUGGGUCUCUGGGAGAAGCGAGGCACGCCGAUCUCCGUCAAGUCGCUUGACCCACAGCUGGCCAAGGUGCCCUUCCCGGUGCCGACGACCUAUGAAGCCAUUGCGCGCUACUACCUAGACAUUAAUGCCCUGGCCAGUCGUCAGGCUCUGUCAUCGUUUGCGCCAUUUGCACCGCAUGAGGCAGCUCGCGCAGAGCUGCUCCGGCUGGGCAAGGACCGCGACUACUUCCGCGAACGUGUGUCGGACCACUCGUUCAAAAUCGCACAGGUGCUGCAGCUUGUGGCAGGCGACUCGUUGGCCGACGAAGAUAUCCCCAAAUCGACGCACUGGUCGUUGCCGUUUGACCGCAUUAUUUCGUGCAUCCCGCGCCUAUCGCCUCGCUACUACUCCAUCUCGAGUAGUCCGAAACUCUCGCCGGACCACAUUCACAUCACCGUCGUGGGCCUGCGAUACACGCCUCCACUCGCAGUCGUGGACACCUUUGGUCUGGCGUCCAACUUUGUGAGUGCUGUCAAGAUGGCCAUGCAUAAUGAAACACCGGCCCUGGGUGACCCCCGCUAUGGAGCCCCUGUAUACCAACUGGACGGGCCCAAGGGCAAGUACCUGUCGACGAGCGACGAGGGCCACAAGGCCGUCAAAGUGCCCAUUCACGUGCGUCGCUCCACGUUCCGUCUGCCGACGUCUACGAAGGUGCCGAUCAUCAUGGUCGGCCCGGGCACGGGUGUGGCGCCUUUCCGCUCUUUUGUGCAGGAACGUGUGUCGACGGCGCGCCGCGCGCGCGACAAGCUGGGCCCCGAUGCACUGAGCGACUGGGCCCACCUGCACCUGUACUACGGCUGUCGUCGUCGCGAUGAAGACUUUUUGUAUCGCGACGAAUGGGAUGAGUAUGCGAAGGAGCUCGACAACAAGCUCAAGCUUCGUCUUUCGCUCUCGCGCGAGGUGUUCAAGCCCGACGGCUCGAAGCUGUAUGUCCAGGACCUCAUUUGGGAAGACCGCGAGUACAUUGCCGACGCGAUCCUCAACAAGCGGGGCUAUGUGUACAUUUGUGGCGAGGGCAAGGGCAUGUGCCAUGAUGUCGAGCACACCCUCGCGCGCAUCUUGGGUGAGGCCAAGGGCGCUGACGAAGAGGUGGGCCGACAGGAGCUCAAGCUGCUGCACGAUAAGAACCGCAUGAUGCUGGAUGUGUGGUCGUAG